CUCCCCGAUCGCAUAUGCGCAUUACACAUGUGGCAUCCAGACCGAGCGCCUGUGCAGGAGAUGACAUUGACGGACCGUAGCAGGUAGAUAUUCGCAAAUAGUAAACAAACUACGAUGAACGUAUUGAAGUCCGCGUUUCGGCUGCCCCGUGGACUUGGAUGUAAUACGUGCAGUGUAGUGAUGCAGCAGGCAUUGCCGCUCUUGCGUGCAGCCAGCAGCUGGAUUCUGUCCCGCACGCCUGCAGCGUGCGCAGUGGCUGGCAGAGGAGCCCUGGGGCCAGGGGCAGAAGGGGCUGGAAUCUUCCGGAACCUGCCCUGGCGACACCAGCAGGUGCGCAGCGUGAAGCGAGGAGCGGAGUAUCAGCCCAAGAACAUCAAGAGGAUGAGGACGCACGGCUGGGACAGGAGGGUCCGGACACGCGGCGGCAUCGAGGUCAUACUCCGCAGAAUGCUGAAAGGACGCAAGUCCCUAACCGUCUGACGGCUGGCCAGGUGGACAGAACACACCUGUGCUCUUGCAGUGCGCACUGGCUUACCUGGACAGAACACACCUGUGCUCUUGCAGUGCACUGGCUUACCUGGACAGAACACACCUGUGCUCUUGCAGUGCACUGGCUUACCUGGACAGAACACACCUGGUCUCUUGCAGUGCACUGUCUUACCUAGGAGGUGCUCUGCUCCCCCAGACACAUCACAUGUUGGGGAUUCUCUUUGUAAUUCACUGAUAAAUAAAGCUUUGCAGAUCAGCCAA